AUGAGUCAGUUUCGGGCGUUAGCGGGUGUGCUGAGGGGUGGGUGUGUUGGGGGUAGUCGGUGGCUGCAAGCAUGUAAAGGGGGCCCUGCCAGGCGCUGGGUUGAUCCCAGGAGAGGCUGCUCCUCAGGUGCUGCACCUGUCCCCUCAGCGGUGGCCAGUAGCUCCAACUAUGUGGAGGAGAUGUACUAUGCCUGGCUGGAGGAUCAUAAAAAUGUCCACGAGUCUUGGGACGUAUUCUUUCGUAACAUCCAGGACUCCAGUCCGUCUGGCGAGGCGGGUGAGAGACACCCCUCCGCUCUGCUCGAGGGCAGAGUGCUGUCCCACUCACCAAACAUGGCCCAGAAAGUGGUGGAGGACCACCUGGCCGUGCACACUCUCAUUAGAGCCUACCAGAUUCGUGGUCACCAUGUUGCGCAGUUAGACCCUUUGGGAAUCCUGGAGGCUGAUCUGGACUCCUUUGUUCCCUCCGACCUGAUCACCACCAUCGAUAAGUUAGGUUUCUACGGUCUUGAUGAGUCGGACUUGGACAGGAGCUUUCAACUGCCCUCCACCACCUUCAUCGGAGGAGCAGACACAACUCUUCCUCUUCAAGAAAUCAUACGCAGACUAGAGUCCUCCUACUGUGGUCACAUAGGGAUCGAAUUUAUGUUCAUUAACAACGUGGACCAGUGUCAGUGGAUACGUCAGAAAUUUGAGACUCCGGGAAUCAUGCAGUUCACUAAUGUUGAGAAGAGGACUUUGCUAGCGCGCCUGAUCAGAUCCACACGGUUUGAGGACUUCCUGGCAAGAAAAUGGUCAUCAGAGAAACGUUUUGGUCUGGAGGGCUGUGAAGUGCUCAUCCCGGCUCUUAAGACUAUGAUUGACAAGUCGAGCGCUGCCGGCAUCGACAGCGUGAUCAUGGGGAUGCCUCAUCGGGGUCGACUGAAUGUGUUGGCCAAUGUGAUUCGUAAGGAACUGGAUCAGAUCUUCUGUCAAUUCGACCCCAAGUUAGAGGCUGCUGAUGAGGGGUCGGGUGAUGUCAAAUACCACCUUGGGAUGUACCACGAGAGGAUUAACCGUGAGACAGACAAGAACAUCAUGCUGUCACUCAUGGCGAACCCCUCCCACCUGGAGGCAGUGGAUCCAGUGGUUCAGGGCAAGGCCAAAGCUGAGCAGUUCUACAGAGGAGACACUCAGGGAAAGAAGGUGAUGUCCAUCUUGAUCCAUGGUGAUGCUGCUUUUGCUGGACAAGGAGUUGUGUAUGAAACUAUCCACCUGAGUGAGCUCCCCUCCUACACCACACAUGGUACAAUCCAUGUGGUGGUCAACAACCAGAUCGGCUUCACCACAGACCCUCGAGUGGCCCGCUCCUCGCCCUACCCCACCGAUGUGGCUCGGGUUGUCAAUGCACCCAUCUUCCAUGUGAAUGCCGAUGACCCCGAGGCUGUCAUGUACGUUUGCCGGGUGGCUGCAGAGUGGAGGGCCACCUUCAACAAGGAUGUCGUCAUUGACCUGGUUUGUUACAGACGGUUUGGCCAUAAUGAGAUGGACGAGCCCAUGUUCACCCAGCCACUGAUGUACAAGCAGAUCCGUCGGCAGGAGCAUGUGCUGAAGAAAUACUCCGACCGGCUCAUUGCGGAGGGAGUGGUGACACUGCAGGAAUUUGAGGAAGAAGUUGCCAAAUAUGACAAGAUAUGUGAGGAGGCAUACACCAGCUCCAAGGAUGAAAAGAUUUUACACAUUCGACACUGGCUCGACUCCCCCUGGCCAGAUUUCUUCACAACAGAGGGAGAGCCCAAGAGCAUGAGCAGUGUCCCCACAGGACUGGAUGAGGAGGUCCUGCAGCACAUUGGCCAAACAGCCAGCUCAGUGCCUCUGGAAGACUUUAAGAUCCACCCUGGUGUGUCCCGUAUCCUGCGUGGUCGAGCUGACCUGGUGAAGAAUCGGCAGAUGGACUGGGCUCUAGGAGAGUACAUGGCCUUUGGUUCCCUUCUCAAAGAUGGCAUCCAUGUACGACUCAGCGGGCAGGAUGUAGAGCGGGGCACCUUCAGUCACCGUCAUCAUGUUCUGCAUGAUCAAGAGGUGGACAAACGUAUCUGUGUUCCCAUGAACCACCUGUGGCCCGACCAGGGUCCUUACACCGUCUGCAACAGCUCCUUAUCAGAGUACGGAGUACUAGGUUUUGAGCUUGGCUUCGCCAUGGCCAGUCCGAAUGCUCUGAUCCUCUGGGAGGCCCAGUUUGGAGACUUUAACAACACAGCCCAGUGUAUCAUUGACCAGUUCAUCAGCCCGGGCCAAGCCAAGUGGGUCCGCAACAAUGGUAUUGUCCUGCUCCUGCCACAUGGGAUGGAAGGAAUGGGCCCAGAACAUUCAUCAGCUCGACCUGAACGCUUCCUGCAAAUGAGCAACGAUGAUCCCGAUCAGUUCCCUGAGUUCAGCGGAGAUUUUGAGGUCCAGCAGCUGUACGACUGUAACUGGAUUGUGGUCAACUGCUCCACGCCUGCUAACUACUGUCAUGUGCUCAGACGGCAGAUUUUGUUGCCAUUCAGAAAACCGCUGAUCAUUUUCACUCCAAAGUCUCUGCUGAGGCUCCCUGAUGCAAGGUCAAGUUUUGAUGACCUCGCCAAAGGCACUAAAUUCAAGAGGUUGAUAUCAGACGCGGGCCCUGCCGAUCAAAACUCAGCCCAAGUGAAGAGGGUGAUCUUCUGCACCGGCAAAGUUUACUAUGAACUGGCUAGAGAGAGGAAACAGCAAAAGCUGGAGAGAGACAUCGCCCUCAUCAGACUGGAACAGAUCUCUCCGUUCCCGUUUGACCUGGUCAGAAAAGAGGCAGAGAAAUAUGGAAACGCUGAGCUGGUCUGGUGCCAGGAGGAGCACAAGAACAUGGGUUACUAUGAUUACGUCCGGCCACGUUUCCUCACAGUGGUGGCCAACAGGAAGCCCAUUUGGUAUGUGGGACGGGACCCUGCAGCUGCUCCUGCGACAGGGAACAAGUCCACCCACCUCAAUGAGCUGAAGAGGUUCAUGGACACGGCUUUCAACCUGAGCGCCUUCCACGGGAAGGACUUGUAAUUGAGAACUGGAGCAAGAACCAGGCUCGAGGUGCAGUUUCAUCUCCAACCAUAUUGGUCUAUUUAUUAAGUCUUGAUGUGGCAAAUUGACACAUUUUAAAACUAUUAAUAGCUAUUCUAUUAUUUUAGAAGACAUGAUUUUAAUCCCAGAUAAUCUUAUGUGAAAGAUAGGUCUGCAACGCUAAUUGACUCCUGAGUCAGACUGCACAACAUUCAUCUCAUUUGAGAUGGUCCCAAUGUCAGAUUAUGUGAUUGUUCAAUCCCGACCGAACAUCGGACCUGCAACAACUGUGAUGGUAGAAGCAUCAUGAAGCACAACAAGGCGAGAUGAGACACACACACACACACACACACACACACACACACACACACACACACACACACACACACACACACACACACACACUAGUCUUCCCAGGGCCUUGCGAGUAUUCUAAAUGCAGAUUGUCUUCCACUGUGACACAGGAUAGAACGACAAAUUGUUGCCCUAGCCAUGCCCCGUGUCAAAGGAAAUCAAGUCAUUCUUGAUUACAUAACCCCAAAUCACCUCCAUAUCCUCCUUUAUCUUUAUACCCUCAGUUAGGAAAAGGAAAACCUCCAAAACAAAACACCUCACGUGUGGGAUCUGGCCAUUUACAGGCCGAUAUCAUGUAGUCUGAUUCCAGCUUAAUUCAAUCAAUACAACAAAGUCAUGUCUAAAGAGAACCUCUAGCCUCUAAACAGUGCUUUAUUUAAAAAAUAAAAUAAAAUGUUACACAAACAUUACAUUUAAAUCACAUAAUUGUCACCUGAUUGUGAUGAAGUAGCAACAGUACACUCUUUGUACUCCUAAUAACAUUCACACACCAACAUUUAGAUUUGUGUAAAUCACUGUUAUUGGGGUAGCUUUAGUACUGUAGAUACUUCCAUUGCUGCCAAUGCUGAAAACUAGUGUAUAUUAGUAGUAUAGAUUUGUAUUUGUAUUGAUUUUUGUAGAUGAAUAGCAGAAGCUAUGAGACUCACACAAAACACUAACUGAUGUAUUUAAACAAUGAAUGUGAAAUGCAUAUCGCAGGUAUGAGGACUGUUUUGAAAUUUAACACAUCAGUAGGUUUAUUGCCUGUAUUUGCUUUGGCUACCUUAGCUGUUAGUGAAGGAGUGUGUAUUUAUUGUCACACUUCACUUCACCAGGAGACAUGAGCCAGCUGGCACAGAGACUUGCAGCCAUGUUUUCUACUUAGGACAUAAGGCUCAGCCUCCUCUUUGGAGGCUGAGGGAUGCACACACACACACACACACACACACACACACACACAUACACACAUACAUAAACACAUAAACACAGCAAAGCUUUGGAUGCUUUGAGAGCAAUAUUGACGCUUGGUUGUCACAUUAAAAUCCCCAGGUAUUUAACAGAAGUGAUAUUAGUUACCACUGUGCUUAGAAAAGCUCCUUUUUAGUCAUUCUGUAGCUUACCUUUUCUACUUCUAGCUGGGAGAUUUAACCAUAAGCCAUGCACAAAUGUAAUUUUACAUAUUUAAAUUAUUUAAGAAAGGAUUGUGUGUUAGUUUUUUAAUGAAAAAUAUCUGUCCACAUAUUAGUGUGGGCAUUGACAGAUAUGCAAACACUUAUACUGGGAAUAAUAAAAUAUGCAAUAAAAUAUAUUAAAGUUUAAUAACA